CACUACGUACUCUGACGUCAUCGCUGUUGCGUCCUUACGUACCCGGAAGUAUUUGUGCGCAGUAGCGGCUGCAGCUAGCAGCGGCUAACAGUCCCCGUAGCAGCUUCGAGCGGACAGACGGAACGACAGACAGGUGUGUCUGUGGAUGGAAGUGUGCAGCUCUGUGAUGGGACCAGAGCGCGUCUUACCGAGCUCCGAGGACGAGCUGGGAGAGGACGAGCGACCGACAGACGGAACGCUGCCACCGCCGCCGGGUGCCAUGUGGGGUGGGGGGGAUGGAGAGGAGGAGGAGGAGGCUGUGGGGGAGAUGGAGCUGGAUGGCGAGGAGGAGGAAGAGGAGGAAGAUGGCAGUGGGGGAGGGUAUUACUACCAGCCUCUGAACCAGGAGCCCGACGGCGUGAACGGCGGCCAACAGCCAGAGGACGACGAGGAGAAGCGGGGGGAGGAGACGGGGGAGGCGGCCUCCCACUCCGAGCAGCUGCAGCAUGUUCAGCAGCGGAUAGAGGUGAUGGGGCUGCACCUCCCCGAAGCUCCGCCUCCUGACAGCGACGAGGAAGAGGACCCCGAGGGGGCAGCUGCUCAGAGGAGCCGCGCCUCCAUCCCCAUGGAUGCAGAUCACGUGGAGCUGGUGAAGAGGACGAUGGCGGCCGUGGCGCUGCCGUCUUUGGGCGUGCCGCCGUGGGCACGGGAGAUCUCCGAUGACCAGUGGAAGGACAUGGUGCGUGACACGUUGCAGAGCCGACAGAGUGCCGCCGCCCUGCGCCUGCCGCGCUGUGCAAACCUCCCCGGGCCCUGAACGCACCACAAGAACUACAUCAUCUCUGAACUCUGACUGUCCUUGAAUGCACCACAUAGACUUCACCGUCACCGCGGGACCCUGAACGCAUCGCGACCAUUCUUACAGAUUAAUGGACUGAACACAGCACAGCCACUUCAGGAGCCCUGGACACCUGAGCUGAGCUCACCUGUAGCUCAUUAUGACCACUUCAGGGCCCAAAGAUAAAUACAGAGCUUUGUGUUUCUCCAGAAAAAUGUAAUUUAUUGAAGUAGUAAAGAUUCUGGUGUUUCUGUUUAUCACUGGAUAAAUAAUCAGAUAUGUAACUAACAAUAAAAUUGUUUUCUAACUUUAAAAUCAUACAGAUGUAUAAAUCAGUUAUUGACUGCAUCUGCUGAUCGGUGGUAAAACAUCAGUUAUUGAUCACUGUUUGAUAACUCACGCCUGACUUAUUUUGCACCUGUGUGGAAACCCCUUCCUAUCUUUCCCUUUCCAAAUAAAAACGUCACACCGGCGCAUGGUGUAGUUUCACUGGAAUAUUUUUUUCUUGGCUCUGUGACGAGUUUUUAAACUGAAUAAAUAAAGUCCUACUUUAA